UCCAUGUGAGCAGAAGUUAAAUUAUGUCGAUUUCUGUGCUAUUUGUUUAUUAGAUCUAUGUCUAAAUAAUUAACAAUUCAGUAAAUUAUAAACUAUGUAAAAAUUCUGUAUAAUUAUUUAACGAUUUUUCGUUGAUAAAUGGUGCUUUAAUCGAUAAUAGAGUCAUCAUUAUGCUUAUUUCUCGGUUGGUUGGUUUUGUUUCAAGCCAUGAAAUUUCUUCCCAAUAUUUGAAGAAGAAUAUAUGUGUUUUAAAGCCUUUAUUCCUAAGACAAUGUUCAUCAGAAGUUAAAACUGAAGAAAUUGCUAUACCUUUAAGAACAAAGAAAAAGAAAUCAGAAAUAAUUAGAGUUUNCUCUUUUGUUGAUUGGUGUAGAGUGAAGAUUACUGGUGGUAAAGGAGGUGAUGGCUGUAUAUCUUUUCUUCAUUUAUGGUGCAAUUCUAAUGCAGGUCCUGAUGGAGGAGAUGGAGGAAAUGGUGGACAUGUAAUUUUUGAAGCUAAAUCAAAUGUUAAAAGUUUAAAAACUGUGAAUUCACUAUAUCGAGGAAUACCAGGAGAGAAAGGAAGAUCCUGUCAUAUGCAUGGUGCAAAUGCAGAUCAUACAAUAAUUGAAGUUCCAGUUGGUACAACAGUAUUAGAUGAAAAUGGUAACAUUGUAGUUGAUCUUGAUUCUGAUAAUAAUAGAUUUAUAGCAGCAAGAGGUGGAGCUGGUGGUAAAGGAAACAGUUUUUUUCUCUCCAAUGAAAAUCGACAUCCACGAAUAGCAGAAUUAGGUGCUGAAGGAGAAUCCAAGAUUUAUUCACUUGAGUUAAAAUUGUUAGCUCAUGCAGGUUUGGUUGGAUUUCCUAAUGCUGGAAAGUCAACUUUACUUCAAGCAAUUUCUAGAGCACGACCAAAAGUUGCUUCUUAUCCAUUUACCACUCUCAAUCCACAUAUUGGUAUUAUCCAUUAUGAUGACUAUGAACAGUUAGCAGUUGCAGAUUUGCCAGGUCUUAUACCAGGAGCACAUCUGAACAGGGGGCUUGGAUUUUCAUUUUUGAGACAUAUUAAACGCUGCAUUUGUGUGUUAUAUGUAAUUGAUUUGUCAGAAAAUAAACCUACUAAACAGCUGGAUGCAUUGAAAUAUGAACUUGAGCAAUACGAAACAGGUCUUUCACUGAAACCACAUGCUAUUGUAGCAAAUAAAAUAGAUAAAUUAGAAGCAAAAGAAAAUCUCUUAAGUUUGCAAGAAAGUACAGAUUUACCAAUAUUUCCUGUAUCUGCAAAAUAUGGUAAGGGAUUAACUAAAUUAUUAUAUCAUCUUAGAAGUAUGUAUGAUAAACAUAAUGAAGGAAAAUUGAAUUGGUAAUGAGUAAAAAUAAAUUGUUAAUUUGUACAUAAUUAAAUUGUUAUUUUUUAUGUUGUAAUGAAAUUAU